AUGGAAUCUUUGGCAACAACCAUUUGUUUCGUCACGCUGAACUGCCGAACACUAUCGAGUGAACUCCAACAAGCCGCUCUAUCCAGACUUCUGCGAUAUCUCUGUGAGCCUUUUGCUGCACUGCAGGAAAAGGCAAGAGAGAUCGGCCCGUCAUCAGCAUCGAUAAUUACACCAUAUACUGCGGAUGAGAACAAAAUCGUAAGUGCUCACGCACCUACGGAAACCGCUGAGGACAACAGUAAGGGCGCCUUCUAUGAUGAACUCAAUGCGUUGAUGUCUAAAAUACCAAGCCAGCAGGUGGUCAUUGUCGGAAUCGACGCAAAUGCGAAGAUGGGACUCGAACAGCAAUCCGAUGUGCUAGGAAAAUGGUACUAUGCAGCGGAGCGUACGUCGGACAACGGUGACCGUCUGAGGAAUCAUCGACGCUAUCAGCUCACGUGGCAGGGGUCAACCCUUUUAACGCCUGACGAGCAGCGCAAGCGGAAGAUGAGGACUCUUAAACUUCAGCUCGACUACGUUCUGGCGAGGAACAUUCCUCAGUCAGAUAUCCGAAAAUCUAGAGCUGUUUGGGACGUCGCGUUCGACUCUGACCACCGUCCAGUUCUUCUCAGCUUCAUGAUACGGUUCCACAAGAGAAACCGAGGAGUUCCUCUUCAACCGGAAAUCGACAUGGCAGGUCUGAAAGACGAUGAAUGCAGAAGAAAAUUCCGCCAACGUGUGUCUAUUCAUGUUGGAGUACGGACCAGGAAGAAGCUUAGCGACGCGGAUUCCUUCACAAAGUGCAUCCAGGACGCUGCAAGGGAAACGCUCCCGGUUCUAUUGCCGCGGAAGAAGUUUGUCUUUGCAUCUGCGGAAACAAAAUCCACAUACAAUUCUGUAUGUGUCGCGCGCAGCGGUGGUGACUUCAACCAGGAAAAGCGUCUUAGAAGGAAGGUGCGUCGUCAACUGCAACAAGACCGCGAUAACGAGUGGACGUCAAGAGCGAUGGAGUUUGAGAAGUACGCCGACGAUCCGCCAUCGAAAGUGGCUAAAGUAAAUCGUCUUCGCUUCUUUGGUCAUAUAUUAAGGAGACCGGCAGAUCGCCUUGUUCAACGAGUUCUGAAGAGUUCGUCUGGUUCGAACUGGAAGAAGCCACCUGGCCGAAAACGGAAGUUCUGGACUGAGGCGGUGAAAGAGGACCCGAGGACACUCGGCGUGGAUAGGCAGUACAGGCGAGACGUAAGGUUUCGUAGAAUAUGGAAUAGCGACGAAUGGAUUGAUUCUGUGCAAGCUCUCGCAGAAGAUCGAGAAGGUUGGGCAGAGCUGUGUUCAAGGACGGCACACCUCGGCGAAGAUGCGGGUAAUCGCGUCAGGCGACGACCGCCGGUUAAGUCAAGGCUACUGCAGGCUAUCGCUGCAGUUUGCGAUGGUCCCACCUCGGUCCCUGUAACUGUUGCCUCCACCGUGCCGUUUCAAACGCGCUCCGCUUCCCUAAAACACUUCGAUAAGAAGGCAUGUAUGGACGAAUUGGUAAUCACUAAGUUGUUCGAAUGGGCGGAGCCGCAUCAGCUUCACACUGAUACGCAACAUACCAAGCGGACACAUACAGCAAUCGCCCCCAUGCGUGCCCUUAUUAUUGCCGUAUCCAUCGGACUCAUUUUCGCUGCUCCGAUCCAGGAUGCUGACAGUGUUCAAGAGAAGCUAAAAGCUCUUCAGGAACAAUUGAAUACACUUCAGAAGCAGUUGGUCGUACCUGCAUCGUCGCAGAAUGAGGAUGCACGAAAGUUCUUAUUUAACGACUGGCAACCACAGAAAAGGAUGGUAGCAUGGCAGCCGAUGAAACGAAAUCUGGAUGAACGUCAGCCACUUCUACACGCCAUCGAAGCUCGUUUAUCCGAAGUCCUUCGAGCCGGUGAACGUCUGGGUGUUUCGCCUGAGGAAGUGCUUCAGGAUUUGCGCUACCGUAAUCAAUUCAAGAAAUAA